GCACGCAGGCGCGUGAAGAAGAGACGUUUCUUUGUGGAUGAAGAGUUCGGCUCCGCGGCGCUUUGAUAGCAGCAGACUUUUCACGCCGGAAAAUACUCUUCAAACCGGUUUCACGUCAGAGCUAGAGUCGGCGUCUGGACCCUGCGAGGACCGGGAAGGAGUCUUUUGUUUGGACUCGUGUAACGUUCGUCGCGCCGCUACUGCAUCGCCAAAAGGAAAGGUUUAUUCCCGAAUCCUCGGUAGGAACCAGCGAGCAUAUGGCGGCGGUGACGAGCCCGGAGACGAGUCCCCAGCCCCGGGUCUACUUCCAGACGCCGGCCGGCAGUGCAGAGGAGCCCGAGACACCGGUUCGGAAACAGGGACGCGUCACCGUUAAAUACGACCGCAAGGAGCUAAGAAAGAGACUGAACCUGGAGGAGUGGAUCAUCGAGCAGCUGACGGACCUGUAUGAUUGCGAGGAGGAAGCGAUUCCUGAGCUGGAGAUCGAUGUGGAUGAGUUGCUGGACAUGCCCAGUGAUGUAGAGAGAGCUGCCAGGGUCAAGGAUCUGCUGGUGGACUGUUUCAAACCCACCGAGGACUUCAUCUCAGAGCUGCUGGAUAAGAUCAGAGGGAUGCAGAAGCUCUCCACCCCUCAGAAGAAAUAACCUCUCCCUCCUUUUCUUCAUCCUCCUCUUCCUCGCCCGUCGUCUUCCCACUUGCCCCUCUUCUUUCCCUUUUUUUUUCCCUGGGUAAAACCACAAGCGGGUCACACCAAGACACGGAACCUGGCGCCCCGUUCUCCUUCACCAGGUCCUCUGUUCUCGCCGACCUCAAACACAAUGAAGAGAAGUAAUCAUCAGCGACUGGACGGACGAAGCUGCCAAUCAGGUUGCAGCAGAGCUCUGUCCUCAGCAGUUUCAACAAUUUUUGUUCAACUGAAAAGCGACUGGGGCGGAGCUUUUUCUUCUUAUGUUACCCGGAGGAUAUGAUGAUGCCGCGGUGCGUUCAAGGACUUUGUCAGUUUGUCGCCUCAUUGUUGUUUUGUUGGAAAUACUUUGUGCUCAUUGGAACUUCAAAAAAAGUCAAGUGACCGUUUUUUUUUUUUUUGGCAUUUGAUUUGUUCUCUUGGUGCAUUUUGAGGUGUGGGCUGCUGUGGCCCUGCCUCCACUGAUUUGUCUCGUGUGUUGCUAGGAAACAUACAACAGCCAUUAUUUUGCUGUUCUGUAACAGGAAGUUAUUUUCGAGUGAGGGACUGGUUCCUGUUGAUUUUUAUUUUCCUGAAUGACACAUUUUGGACCCAAACAGAGCUGCCUUGUUCUUUUUUAUGAUCUAUAGUGUUGUUGAUAAUUCAUUUUUCCUUCCACUUUCUUACCUGUGUAUUACAUCAUAAUUAUGCCGUCAUAUUUUUACGACAUCACACAUGAUAGAGUGGUUAACUUUUCCACCUUGUUAAUUCGCUGAAACAUAACAUCUGCUGUGCUCAAAGAUCGACUUGUGUCAGAAUGCAGAAGCAACAUGGUGGCAACUUUUUGUGUUAUGAGACAGAUGUCAACAGACAAUCAGAGUAUUACAAAGAUUCCAGCGUUUCCAUAUGUUGAACACAGGUCUGCAACCGUUGCUUGUUUUGGUGAGGUUAACAUCCGUGAACCUAAAGUGUGAAAGGGUGGGGCUAGUGGCCUUUGAGAUUCAGUACAUGUCCAUCUUUAUGCACAGCUGCCUGAGUCAGAUUGAGGUGUGAGCUUGUGUGCGAACAGGUGUGUGAAAAAUUCACGCACAACAAAGAUCAUGUGUGCUGUCAGGCUGUAACAGCCAGUCGUUCCCAGAUAAUGAGCCAUCUCUUCCAACCUCGCGCAGGUUAGAUUUUAGGCUGACGGUCGCUGACCAGUCUGAGACUUGUCUGCAACAGACCUGCAGCUGUCUGCCUCUCUAAACACGCCCUCACAUCUACAUGCAUCUUCAACUCUUUGGUUCCCCCAACUUUAAAGACAGAUGUUGCCUUAGAUAUGAUUUACGUCACAUGAAACCAAAUAAUAUUUUCGUGAACAGGACUGCAUCACAUGUUUUUAUUUUUUGUUUGUUCUAUGAGAUGAGAUUCUGUUUUGUUUUUAGAAGUGUGUGUGAAACUGGUAGGCCUUGAUCUUUAGCUCUUCUUGGAAUACUGUUUUUAUGACGACCUUGUUAAUGCCCGGCCUUGUAGUGAAAAGGAAUCGACUUAAGAGUACUCUGGUUUGUUCGCCUCUGCCUUCUGAAUCUAACUUUGGUAACAAAAGCCGGGUUAUCGUGGGCCAAUCCAGCUUUUCGACUGUUACUGCAGAGUUUGUACUGUUGGUGGAACAACACUAGCGGAAUAGCAAUUGUUAGCAACGAGGCUUGUCGUACAGAUUAAAACGAUCAUGCUGUUUUUUUCUGAAUGAGAAUGAGAUCAACUCCACAAACCAAUGUAGCAAUAUCAACAUAAGGUCGUGUUUUUGCCCAAUUUUGUUACACUUUUAUGCAACUUUAAUAAAAACAUGUCAAAAUGAAAGUU